UCAAAUUGAUCAGACGGUCACCAACAAUUUAAGAAGGGCAUUUUCUAGACAGAGAGAAUGAGAAAGCAAACGGACAAAAUUCUUGUGUGGAGACAAAACGAGAGAGCCCAGAAAAGAAAAAUCUCUUAAAGACUCCUAUUGCCUGCGUCUCCAGGAGCGAAAAGAAGAAACCCCCCAGUUCUGUGUAGAAAUGUUGCUAAGAGACUCCAUUGAGAAAACCAAGAACUUCUUCAACAAGACCCUUGUGAAUCUCGAGUCUAUCUUAUUUGGAGGCUACCAAAAGCUGCCCAAACCACCCUCUUUCCACCCAUUUUCUUGUGGUAGCAGCAGACAGAAAGACCCCCAGAUAGAAAAGUUCUAUGCUGAUUUCUGCAAUGAGUGGGAGUGUGAUCUUGGCAAAGGCAGGGCCAGAAUUCAGAAGGAUGCCAAAGAGCAGGUGAGGGAUUGUGAAGAUCCAUGCAGUGAGACAGCUGUGAGGCAUGUGAACCACCAGAGUCCUGUCAAGAACAAGCAACAAGAAGUGGAAGGAGAGAGAGGAAAGACCGAGAAGAAGAUGAAGAAGAAAGUGGGUGGUUCCAAGUCUGUGAAAACAGAGGAAACAGAUGGAGUGAAUGCAGGAGGGUUAGUGUUGGCAAAGAGAAUGAAAGAGUUGGAGAUGAUGGACACGAGUGACAUGGAUCAUGUGUUGGACAUAGAGGAGGCACUGCACUAUUACUCGCGCCUCAAGAGCCCUGUCUAUGUAGAGAUAGUUGACAAGUUCUUCAUGGACAUGUACUCUGAUUUCUCUCCGACUCCACAACAACCCUCUCGCAGCACCACCAAAUCCAAAAAGAGACUUGGGUCUGUGAGGUUCUAGAUUGGACUCGUUGUAUCAUGAUAGGCCCCUUCCUUUCUUGUGCAUAGGAUUUUGAUUUAUCCUUCUUUUUUCUUUUUGGAUUUUAUCUUAUCAUUUGAAUGCGGGAUUUGCGAACCAUGAAAUAUGGAUUGUCAUCUGGCACUUUUAGA